AUGUCAUUAUCUUUUCAUUCUCAACUAUCUGAUAACCUUGAUAAACUUAGCGGAAAAGAUAUAGUAGAACUUUUAGUGGCAGCUGAUGAAUUAAUAUUUGAAGAGCUUAUAUAUCCAUUACAAGAUUAUCUUCUGAAAAAUCAAUUAACAUGGAUUCAAGAGAAUAUUUUAUACGUUUUAAACACAGUUAAUUUGGACAUUGUAAAUUGGAGUACAAGAGAAUUUAAUGCAUUAGAAAAAACUUUACAACGAUGUAUUCCAUUGAUAAGAUUUGGACAACUUUCAAUUGAAGAAUUUAAUACUAAAGUUAAACCAUUCAUAAAGAUUUUGCCAUCAAAUUUGAGAUCAAGGAUUGUCCAACAUUUAUUGGCUAAAAGACAACCGGAGACUAAUUUGAUCACAAUACCGACAACCCCAGAAAGAGCGAUAGACUCAAUCAUUAUUACGCAACAACAAGCUGCACUUAUUGCUUGUUGGAUAGAUCGAAAACCAGUGACGGAGUCAACGUCUUUAUCUGAUAUGUUUCCAAUUCCGUAUUAUUUCAGAUUAUUAUUUCGUGGAAGUCGAGACGGAUAUUUUGCUAAAACAUUUCAUAGUCAAUGUGAUGGUCAGGGUGCUACAGUAGUUGUUGUGAGAGUAAGUAAAUCGGAUGAGUUAAUAGGAGGUUACAAUCCGAUAGGAUGGUCUUCACCAAGAGAUGUUGAGUGGCGUGGUACACGUGAUAGCUUUAUAUUUUCUUUAGGUGAUGGAAAAGAACUAAAUAAAGCAAAACUAAGUAGGAUUAAAGACGAUUAUGUAAAUGAUGCAAUUCAACUUCAUGAUCGAUUAGGUCCAUCAUUUGGAUUUUACGAAUUGAAAAUUGUUGACGAUGCUUCUCGAGCUGAAACAAGUUAUGCAUCCGGUGGAUUGAAAUAUGAACAUACUAUUAGGGAUAAAUGGAAUUAUUUCAGAGUAGAUGAUUAUGAAGUUUUUCAAGUUUUAAAGAAAUAA